UUAACUUGAAAUUAUUAUAAUUUAAACAUGAGUCGUAAGAAUGAUGAUGAAACAAAUAAUCAUAAAAAUGCAUAUACUUGUGAAUUAGAGGCUAAUAUCAAAGAUCAAAGUCUAAACGAUGAUUUAUAUCCCGAAAGAAGACAAAGAAUUAAAAAAACAUGGUUUGAAAACUUUUUUAAUUUUGAAAAUAGUAAAAAACACGCUAAAAGAAGAUGUGAACAGAAUGCUACCUGGUGUAUAAACAAUAGUCCCUUGGUUAAAAUAAUGCUGGCUGCUUUACAAGCUUCAGGUUGUGACUUUCAUAUUGAACGACACUUAGCUUGUGAAUACUGUCAUAAUACAGUAAGCGGUGGUUUUGAUGCAAACUUUAAUCAGAUUAUAUUAUGCUAUAAUGUUGCUGUCAAAAAAAGUACUGUACAAGCAGUUUUAGUACACGAAUUAACACAUAUGUUUGAUUAUUGUCAAAACGAAAUAGAUUUUAAUAAUAUACGGCAUGUAGCAUGUUCUGAAAUAAGAGCAGCUAACUUAGCUAAUUGCAGUUUUCUCAGUGCAUGGUAUUAUGGCAAUGCAUCUUUAUUGAAUAUUAAAGAAUCCCACAAAGAAUGUGUAAAGAAUAAAGCAUUAACAUCUCUAGUAGCUACUAAAAGAUUUUCAAAAAUUGAAUCAAUAAAAGCAAUUGAUGAAGUUUUCCCAAAAUGUUAUGCUGAUUUAGAACCAAUUGGCAGACGUUGUCGAAGAAACUCUACGAAUAUGAAUUUGGCUUUCAUAGAAGCGCCACUAUAUGGAUAUAAUUAUAAAAUAUGAACAGAUAUGAUGAAACGUUUU